AUGACUACCCAAACUUAUCUCCGUAGGAAUAACACUAUGCCAACAAGUCUAAGGCUAGGAACCCGUCAUCAGUCCACCAUACUCCAAGAUGCGAAUAAUUCGGGUCCAAUGCCCUGGCCAGAGCCCUACCAGUUCUCAAUCCCCUUCUCCACCAAACAUCUAGAUGGUUAUUUUUUCACUUAUCAACCUCGAAUAAACACCUCUACCGCAGAAAAGGAAACAGAAGUUAUUCUAAGAGUACAUCAAGAAUGGUUUGACCGUGGAGGCUGUCAAGUGCGCGAUGGAGCUUUGUCUGUCGAUGGCGGACCGGUUUUGUCGGUUGUAUUUCCUGAAGCCGAGCCUAGACGGCUGUUGAAUUUGGCGGCUAUUGUUUCUAUUGGGUAUAUUCAGGAUGAUUGGGCAAGUCAAGAGAUAGUGUGCAAUCGAUCGAACCACGGAGACAAGGAAUCCAAUAUGAAGAAGUUCGGUGCCAUCAUCAAUCAGAUGAAAUCCAAAGCGAUCACAGAAAUGCUAGAGAAUGAUUCAAGUCUUAUUUCUGUAACCCAGAUAUUCGGUGCCCGAGAGACUCGAUCAUUGGAAAGUCAAGAUCUACAUCUGGUAGAGUUCCAGGGCUUAGAUCAUUAUCUAGAAGAGAAGUAUCUCACUGAUACAUGGAGUCGACUUCCAAGUAUACUUCCCUACGUUUACGACAUCAAUUUAUCCAAGGACCAAUUAGCAAGGUACUCCGACCUAAUCAGACUCACCGCCAAAAUGAACACCCUCAUAAAAGACAUAUCCUCAGCAGAAAGAGAUUGGUCCUCCCACAUCUCACAGAAUAAACUCGGAGUCCCGGUCUCAGCAGUAUACAUCAUGAUGCAAACUCAAGAUGUUACAAUUGCACAGGCCAAAAAGCUUGUUGAAAGAAAGUGUCUUGAACUAGAACAACAAUUUUCAAGACUUUCGUGGGAGUUGUUAGAUAAUACAGAACACAUGAUUCAAGAAGAAGCCGCGAGGUACAUUUCAGCUCUUCAUCACCUCGUCGCUGGAGAAUUGUCAUGGCAUGCUGGGAGCAACCGGUAUCGAAUUGAGCCUAGUGAUCCGUUUUAUCCCAAGUCAGAGUAUAAGUUGAACGAUUUCCCGCAAGAUACGAGAGGGUUGGCGAAUAGUGUGCAAGCCGAAUGGUCGGGAUACGAAUCUAUGAGUAAUAGCCCUAUACUAAGUGGGACCGCACUAGGAAGCUCGAGGUCGAGAUCUAUAAACGGGUUUAGAGACGUAAGGGCGAGUGGGUUCAACGAGAAUUCAACAGCAUAUGAAUCAGAUAUAUGGCUAGAGCAGUCAGGAAGAUUAUCAGAAGAGACGGUGCUCAAACCAUUCGAAUAUCUCCUAUCUCUGCAGACGAAGAAGAUUAGUUCUCAGGCAAUCCAAGCACUCGACUUUUGGUACAACUUGCCUCGACGGUCUCUAGACAUCAUCAGUUCAGUCGUCGAUAUGCUGCAUAGUUCAUCAUCAAUCCUCGACGAUAUUGAAGGAACUCCUUCGACGAAACAAGGAGCGCCUUCCGCUCCAAUGGUUUUUGGAACUCCACGCGCAGUGAACACCGCGAACUACCUAUUUGUCAAAUGCCUCCAGGAGAUCCAGAAGUUGCCACAUUCUCUAUCAGCUGUUGAAAUUUUCACAGAUGAAAUGGCAAACAUAAACAUUGGGCGAGGUUACAACACCCAGUGGACUUUCCGUUCGGCCACUCCAUUGGAGCGAGAUUAUAUAAAAAUGGUAGAUGGAAAAACCGGCAGCCUAUUCAGGCUGGCAGCUCGCCUAAUGAAGGCUGAGGCCACACAGAAUAAGGAUUUAAACGUUGACGGCUUGGUCACACUCAUGAGUCGCUAUUUCCAGAUCCGAGAUGACCACCAAAGUCUUGCUUCGAUGGCACCAGGUGAUCCGUCAGGUCUAGACGAAGGAAAAUAUUCCCUCGCACUGAUACAUUCGCUGAAUAAUUCAAAUUUAAACGAUCGCGAACAAUUGGAAAGCUUAUUGCUAUUAAGAAACAGACAGGGGAAGUUGUUCCCUGAACAAAAGAGCUUAGUUAUGAAAAUAUUUGCAAGAACAGGGAGUAUGGGGUAUACUGUCAAAGUCAUGGAGAGAUUGGAAAAUGAAAUCGAGAGGAGGCUUGAAGGUUUGGAAGGGACUAUAAUUGGCGCGGAAAGGAAUUGGACUAUGCGGGCAAUCAUGGAGUAUUUGAGAGUUGGAAGGUCGUAA